AUGAAUAUCAAUUCUUCGUCAACCUUCGCGCCCUCGCAGGUCUUCGAUGUUGUGUUGAAAAGGCUGGCAGGUCUUAUUUCCGCAAAGAGCUCUGUCGAGUCGCUGAAAACGAAGCUUUUCAGAAUAAAAGAGGAUUCCGCUUCCUGCAAAGAGAACUUACUCGGUAAGGUUACCUCUGUGGAUCGUCAACUGUACUUUCCGGCAUUGUAUUCUCUCGAAAGGGCUAAGCUACUUGUGGUGUCAACCUAUGAUGAGGAAAUGGCUCGAUUAAAGAAACUGCAGAGAAACUUGGCGAGGUUAACUAGCAAAAGGGUUGGCUUACUCCAGACAGUCAGCGACAUACCUAAGGAAGCGGAGGCUAGUCAGCUGAAGGAAUUUGAACAGUCAAUUAGAAAACUCCUAGAUGGCAUUGAUGACUUCCAAAAGUCAGUGGAACGCUGCGCGUCUUCUGGAUUCGAUAAAUUUAAGCUGUCUUACAAUUUUGAUUCGAUCCAACUGCAGCUGCAACAGUUGUCCCUCGUGUCCUCUGAUGUGAAAAAUAUUCGUGAACAACUGGCACUACUUCCAACAGAAUCUCAUAUUAGUCCACAGGAAAACGAAAAAUCCCCUGAGAUUAACUGGGACUUAGAUCCUAAUAGAAUCUACGUAAAGCACCUGCCCGAGGCUAUGGACGAGUGUGAUCUGCAUGCCUAUUUCUCCAAAUUUGGCCUGAUCAUUGAAGUCUUCGGGCCAAAGAACAAGAUGGGUUCGGAUUCUGUUUGCCGCGGCUUCGUCACCUUCCUCGAAACGGACUCAGACAAGAUGGGUUCGGCUUCUGUUCGGCGCGGCUUUGUUACCUUCCUCGAAACGGACUCAGUAAGACGCGUGCUUGAGGUCCAGCCACACCUGUUAGGCGACCAGCACAUGGUUGUCCGGUUGGCAAGGAGGAAACAGGACAAAGGCCAUCUCAAGCGAGAGAACCCCUUGAAUCUGGUCACAGGUGCCAAACUGUUAUGGUCGGCUACCUUCACAGACAGGGGAGGUCAGCUCAUCGAAAUCAUUGCUCCCUUUAUCACUUACGCCAGUCGUUAA